AUGACUGUGGCUGGCAAAAAGGAGGUGGAAGGCAUCUCUGUUGUCGAUGCGGUUGGUAACACCCCACAGGCAGCGGCUGCGUUGUUAACAGUGGAUGCUGGAUCGGCACAUGAGAAUCAAGGUGUGCGAGAGGCACGCCAAUUUGGCUUCGGAAGGCGAGGCGGUUUUGGUGGAAGGCGCGGUUUCGGUGGUGGAGGGCGUGGUUUCGGUGGUGGAGGCCGUGGUUUCGGUGGUGGAGGGCGCGGUUUCGGUGGUGGAGGGCGCGGUUUCGGUGGCGGAGGGCGCGGUUUCGGUGGCGGAGGGCCCGGUUUCUUCGGUGGUGGUGGUCGGAGAGGUGGAUUCUUCGGCUAA